AUGUCAGUUUCAGUUGCACAAGGAAGUGAAGAUGAUUCUAGUGGAUCGUCGGGUCGCAAGAUUAUUUUGAACUUUGAGACGGCACAAGCUUUCUUUUUCUCAAUCUUGUCGCGAAUACGAAGUAGAGUUACAGUAGACACAAUCCGCCCAUUACCAGUUUUUCUCGGGAUUACAGGCCAAACGAUUGGUUUUAGUCCAGGAGCAUUUACCAGCCCCGUGAGAAAAUUUGACAAGUCGACCGCAGAAAAACUGAAAUCGAGAAUCAAGUUGAAUCUCUCCUUUUUUCUAUCAAAUUAUGCGCUAGUCUUUGCAGGGGUUGCCUUGGUGGUUGUAAUGAUGCAUCCCAGAAUCAUUUUUUCCAUCGUCACUCUUUGGGGUCUUUGGAGUUUCCACGAAUUUCUGAUCUCGAAUGAAGUCAUUGUUUUUGGUCGCAACAUUGGUACUUUGGUUUCGAUUUCACAUCGCUCUACUGCGUUGACGUUGAUUUCCUUUGUGGUUAUUGUUUCAAUGUGCCUUCGUCCGGCAAUCACAGUGAUAGCAUUGAGCGGGAUUUUGGUGAUGGCCCAUGCGUUACUCCGAGAUCCAAAUCACUUGGAGAUGCCUAAUGCGCAUGGUCGAAGAGGUGUGGAUGAUGACGAUGAGGGGGGAUAUACUAGUGGGGGUUCAGGAGUUAUUGUGGACCGUCCAAUCGUCUAA